GCGUCUGCCCAUUUACGGGUCGGCUAGGCUGAUAACGUCCGUCCCGUAGCGCUCGCCGUGGCGUCCCUAGACGGUCACCAUCUUGCUUCGAGUGCUUUUUAAGCUCCGGUCCCUGUUCCGCUGUUGUUUUCGUCCCGUUCUCCCCUUCGGGAAAUCGGGCCCGACCGCCUCUCGACGACCUGCCCGUCAAGGAACACAGGCAAAUUUCAGGAUGAACAAACAACUGUUGAACUCGAUGAAUCGUAGGCGUAUGUCAUGCCCCCAGGUCGUCCAACAACUCUGGGAUGCGGUCAAGGUCAUUCGGUACCAGCGCCAAGUUCCAAACGUGGAACGCAUCGCCAAGUACAUGAGCCGCGUUCAUUCAGUCAGCGAAGAGGAGGUUGUAAGCCAGUUGGACUACUGUGUCCGUGACGGACUUCUGCUCAUUACAAAGCGAAAGGGUAAUAAAGGUUCCAAGGUAGGAGUGGAACAAGAGGGCUACAAGCUGCCAGACGCUCCGCCUAAACAUGACAAACAUGACUGGUAUUGCUCUGAGUGUCAUACCGGAGGAGAUGUCAUACCGUGCGGCGUAUGCCAUCGCGUCUAUCACUUGUCAUGCAUAAACAACCUGCUCGGAAGCAAACAGAAAUUCAAAUGCAGCGUUUGUCAGGCAUCAGAAGUUGAUAAUUCUCUUCCAAACAUAAAACAAAGCCAGCUCAACAAGCUUUUAAUGAUGGUCAGCCGAGUGCUUCGAGACAAGUACGGGUCUUUGAUAAAUUCAUCUGAGUUCCUCCAGCGUUCAAUAACAAUUGGUGCUCCGGGUGCACAGAUCGACAUUGGCUCUGAGGCGUGGCGUGUAUCCUUCCUGAUCCACCGGCCGUGUGACAUUGGCCGGAUGGCUGCCCGGGCUAAAAUGGCCGGCUACGAGAAUUUGAAUGAGUACUCCUCUGACGCAGCCACAAUCGUUCACAACAUAGUAAUCUUCCAAGGAGUUCAUAGUGACCUGGCAGAUACGGCAAGACAGAUGUUGCGCGACUGUUUGUCCGAAAUUGUACAAAUGCAGACGUGCCACACUUGUUACCAAACGACGGGCGCUAUUAAAGGCUUACCAAGGAGGAAGUUUACAGCCGUUUGCCGUCCUCCGCACGAACUCGUCUACGCAAAGGAAAAAGGGUCUCAAUACUGGCCAGCAAAGGUGAUCAAGGAGCACGACAGUGAUAAAGUGGAGGUUUGGUUCUUCGGCAACCCUCACCAAAGAGCGACAGUCGAUAGGUGUAACGUCCUUCCAAUUACGACGAGCAUGAACAGUCUGGAAAUAACUAAAAGGACAUCGAGUUGGAACAGGGCAUGCGAGGAGCUUAAAAAGCACCAGGAGCUUUUAAAACGCCUUGAAGAGGGAACUUACGAAUCGUCAUCGUCGAGUGAUAGCGAAGAUUCAGAGAAGAAUGAAAAAGUAUCUGUAAGUGAGAAGCCGAAGAAAACCUCGAACCCUGUCAAGAGGCAGAGGAGGAAAGGCUCCGACGAGGAGAGCAGCGUCGAUGAUACAGAUGCCGACGAUACGCCCAGGACGAGCAAAAAGGAAAAACCCGUCAAAAAGCGAGGACGGCCUCCCAUAAACAAAUCCCUUGAUGAAACACCACCAAAAAAAAAACGGGGCAGGCCGCCUAAAAAACCAGCUGAGGCUGUCGAGAAGAAAGACGAAAUUGAGGAGAAAAAGCCUGACGAGGAGUCGCAAGUUAAGGAUGAAAAGGAAGAUAAAACGGACGUUAUUUUACCGGAGGUCGCGCCUGGUCAAAACGACCUGUUGAAGACUGCAAUGUCGCCAAUUUCAACCAAAAACGAAGAGGAAAUCGUAAGCUCGUCGUGCAUGGAGCCGCAGGUGCGCAGUUUCGGCACUCAGACUAAACACGACUCGAAGAAAGACCGAGCGAACAAAGAGCUCAUUGCGAAACUGCGAGAGGAGCUUGACAAGCUCAAAGCGCUUCAUGCGGAACAAAUCAAGGAGUUGAAACAACGACACAGCCAGGAAAUCGCCAUUGUCAAAAAGAAACAAUGGUGCUACAACUGCGAGCAGGAGGCGAUUUACCACUGCUGUUGGAACACGGCAUAUUGCAGCACCGAAUGUCAGCAGCUCCACUGGCAAGGUGAGCACAAGCGCAUCUGCAGACGUAAGCGCUAAUCAGGGCCAAGGUUUAAAAAAAAAAAAUCAGGCAUUUUGUCUGGCAAAUGCAGAAACAACGAUAUGUAUUUAUACAUCUAUAUGGGGAAAAAACAUAUUUAUUGUAUAUGAAAUUAAUAUAUUACAAUAUAUUAAAUAUUGUAAUAUAGAUUUUUUUUAAAAAUAAUCACGAUAGAUAUAUUCAAUCGUAAUUGUCUUUGUAGUGUUGUGGGUUUAAAAAAAAAAAAAUUGCAUCCCAGUUUUAUAAAACUGUGGACUUUUUAUAGAAACGCGUGUAUGUGUAUUAUAUGCUAUACGUAUAUAUAAUUUAUACCGCACACAUGCUCCUAUUUUUUACGUACCUGAAAUUUCUUACUCCAUAAAAAAAAUUAAAAAAAAAAAAUUGACAGCCUCAGAGCGUUUAACGCGUCAGGGAACUUGCUUUAUAUAUUCUAGCGUAUAAAAAAAGUGUGUAUAUAUAUGUAAAUAUUCCCCACUACACAAUUUUAUAUAUUUCAACAGUCUAGAGAAAAAACAAACCAUUUUGUUACUUAUUUUCUAUAGCUUUAUUAUUAUGUAUUUUUUACCUCUGCCCUCCUGCCGAUUUGUCUGAUUUUAAUUUAAUACAAUAAUGGGUAGGAAUUAAUUAUAUAUAGUUUAAAGAGAGACGAGAGGGAGAAAAAA